GCUGCAGCUGUUCUAUUUUUUACAGGCGCAACACGUACAUUUUAGCCAUAAUAAAAAGUACAACAUUACCACCAAGAACAACGAAGGUGGGUAAUUAAACUGGAUAAAAAUUGAGUAAAUGAAUCAGUUAAGCUAAUGUGACAGCAUUUACACUGUUUCAACUCAGUAUAACCAAAAACGGAAGAAAACAACGCACUUUUCGAUUGACAACCUUUGAAACAAAGAAAAAAGUCCAGCGAUGGCAACAAAGAGACGACCUUUGCGGCCCAAUUUGGGCAGCAAUGCUGGAAGUUCUCCCUCUGGCUCCAACAUGAACUUCAGACCCGGAGGACCCGAUAUAACCCGGGCGGAGGCCCGGGGAACGAGACCCACAGCUGCCCCAACUAGUAUCCGCGAAAUCCUCGUCAUGGGGGUUAUUCACCUGUGCAAGAAGACCAUAUUCUUCAACACGGACCUGAAGGUUGCCUUGUAUCUAGGCAGUCUCUUCGUGAUCUCCGUGAUCGGGGACUUCGUACCCUUCCCAAAGACCUACUUUGCCAGAUCGGACAACCUGUUCAACCAGUACUUUGUCAAGGUGGGCUGGGGUUGGACUCUACUAUUCGUAGUGCCCUUCCUUGUGCUCUCCGCCUAUACGAUCACCUGUGGUGACCACAAACGAAUGCUGCGGCACCAUUUCCCACGCAUCGUCAUAGCCACAUUCUUUUGGUUCUUCUGGACGAAGUUGUUCAACGUUGUGGAGAACUCCUACGGACGCUGCACUACAAAAGGCUACCUAAGCAAAUCAAGUUGUCUGAAGGCGGGACAUUUGUGGAAGGGCUUCGAUAUAUCCGGACACGCCUUUAUCCUAAUCCACUCCAGCCUGGUGUUGAUCGAGGAGGCGCGUCCUAUAAUCCGCUGGGAGACCAUCAAGGAACACAUCCGCAACGAACGUCACAAUCGCAACUCAGCCGAGAACUCUGGGACAAAUCCUUUGAGAACCCUAAACGAGGAGCAAAUGCGAAGUUUGCAGUUCUUGUACAAGCGCCUGACGCCCAUCAUUCGCACUUUGUUCAUCGGCAUGGCGGCCCUGCAGCUGCUGUGGGACAUAAUGCUGGUGGGCACUAUGCUGUACUACCAUCGCAUGAUCGAAAAGGUGAUCAGCGGAAUUAUUGCCAUACUCACAUGGUACUUUACCUAUCGCUUUUGGUAUCCCACUCCCGGUUUGUUGCCGGAUGCGCCUGGUAGUGGAAGCUUUACUUACCAACGCGAGAUACCUACCUUCCCCUUCAAGCGUCCCUCGCAUUUAGGAACGGGAGCCACAGUCACGAAUUCGGGAGCAAGCAACUCGAGGACGAACGUCAAUGGCAAGGCAGGAGCGACGGGUGUGCCUAGGGAUCAGCAGAUGCCCACUUUCAUGGGAAUGCCCCUGUUCACCAAUCCAAAGGCGGCCAAUGCAGCGGCCAAUUUUCUAGUAGCCGAGCAGCAAAGACGGGAAAGGGAACGCGAACAGCAGACGCUGGAGAGCUGAGCUCUGGACGGUCCGUCAAGCAAUCGCAACAGCCAUCAAGCAUAGCAGGAAUUGAUAAUAAUAAGGUGAUGGAUUGGAAUUGAUACCAAAUUUUUGUAUUCAGCGACGAUGAAAUGAUGUAACAAUGAUAUUACUAAGCAGCCGAGGCUGGCACUGGAUUGCGUUCUGCUCCUCAUCCUCCUUUGCCGGAAUCUUACCAUGACACCCCCAGCAUCCUUCAUCAGCAGUGCGUAGGUUUAAGCGUUCUUAUGUUCGUGUGUUUAUAUGUGCCCAACUUUAACAGUAAAAGGAUUUGUUAACAAA